CGCCGUGUAGGUCAAUGAUAAUUCGGGUCACAGCACACCACCCCAGACCACCCAUUUGGGCGGCACGCCCCCCACUGAAUUAUCCGCCGUGCUGCAUUUCUCUCUGUCUGUCUGUCCAUCUGUCCAUGCUGAGCUUGUCGGUCAAGAACAGGUCCGUGUGAGCUCACUCACGCGUGACGCACCACGCAGGCAGGUGAACACCGACGCAUCACCUGAGACCCAGAAACGAAGCCAGAGAGAGGUCCAUUCCGACCCCCUCCCCCCGCGACCUCCCUCCUCCACUCACCUUAAUCGCGUCGCAUACGAUCGAUCAGUCACAUCAUUGUUGGCGGCGAUCGAGAUCUGCCGUCUCCACCCGGCCCCUGCUGCCCCAUCAUUGCCCCCGCCGGGCCGGAGCCAGCGGGCAUUGUCACCGCCCGCAUGUCCCUUCGAACACCCUCAGGCACCAUCGGGGAAGCCCCCGCACUCGGACCACCUUGCUGCUGAUACUGCUGAAACUGCUGCGGGUGGGACGGCAUCUGCAUCUGCUGCCCGUGUGUGGUUUGUUGAGGCAUGGGCGCACCUUGCUGCUGCUGCUGCUGCUGCUGCGGAUACGCACCUCCCAUUGCAACCAUCCCAGGGGCAGCUGACGGAGCGGUUGGCUGCAUUGGGGGCCCCUGUGCUGGUGGGGGAUAGCCAUGCACCAUGUUGCCGUCAGUGAGGGGGCCGCUGUGGAAGGACUGAGGGUAAGGAGCGUACCCAUUCUGCUGCUGCUGCUGUUGGUGAUGCUGUGAAGGCGCCGAGCUGGGCCUCUGCUGCUGUUGUGGGGCGGCAUUGUUGAAUGGUGGCUGCUGGGUGGGCUGAUAGCCCAUCAUCGACUGUGGCGCAGCCAGCCUCUGAGGUUGCAUUGGCUGGUCUUGGCUGGUUUGUCGCGGCACCCCACUGGACAGCGUGUCGGCAUUCCUCUGCAUCUGCAUCGUCAGCAGAUCCUGAGCCGGGCCGCCAAUAGCACCACCCCCACUCGCCACCGGCCCCGACACUGAUAUGGACCGGCCGAAGGGAUCUGCCGGCAUUGUGGGCGACGGCACUUGUGAGUACGGCUGAGGGGGCGACGCCGUCAUGUCACUCGAUACACGAGCAGACGGCGUCGAGCUCGUCCGUGGUAGCCCCCCCGACCUACCAUCGACCAUGGGUGACGCAAAGGGCUGCCCCUGCAUGGUCCGCAUCGGGGGCUGCAGGCUGCCACCACCCAUCCCCAUUCCACCACUGGCCAUCGGCUGCGGAUAAGAGGGGCUCUGCAGCGGUGAUGAUGAUCUCGCUGGCACCAUCGGCUGGUUCUGGUACGGAGCGGUGGGCGGAGGGGACGAUCCGACAGAGUACGACGUCGGCUGGGCCGCUGCUGUGGGAUCGUUGGCGGCUUGCAUGAUGAUGCCGGCACCGACGUCAGGCAACGGGGGCUGCUGUGGCUGUGUAGGAUAGAAACCGGUCGCGGGCAGAGACGGAGGCAUUGUGGGGGAGGGGGGGCGGGCAGCCCGUUGCGGCGGCAUCUGCUGUUCUUGCUGUUGCUGCUGAUACUGAUGCUGCUCCUGAGCCUGCGACUGAAGCACCGGUGCAGGGGAUCUCCUCCACUCGUUGAUCAAAUCCAGACCGCCUCCGACGUCCUGACCGCCAGGGGACGGUCCAUGUAUGUGCUGCAUCUGCAUCAUGGGCUGGGUCGGCUGCUGCUGUGCCGACUGCAGACCGCCACUGAGUUGCGUCGGCGGCACGCUCGGGUCGAAUGAGGGGCUCAUGAAUGACGGCAUCCCGUUGGCCUGCACCAUGCCGCCCUGCUGCAUCAGCGGUGGUGGAGACGGGGGAGGGAGACUCGCCGUCUCCCGUGGCUGUCGUUGCUGCUGCUGCUGCUGUUGCCAGGGCGGUGAUGGUGGCAGAGGGGCAUGAUGGUUUGGUGUGGGCUGGGGGGGCUGGGGGGGCAGAGAGAACAGAUCGGGAGGGAGACCAGGGCUCGCCGGCUUGCCGUUGCCUACAGGGGGCAUCCCAGCCAUCACACCAUCAUUCGGCGAGGCGUUGUGCAUCAUGUUGUUGGGAAGCGGCGGUCGGAACGCCUGCUGCUGCUGCUGCUGAUGUGAGGCCUCGUCGACGGCAGGUGGCAAGAAGCCCCAUCCCGAGUUGAGCUGUGGCUGUGGCGGUCUCGCCUUGCCAGCAUCGCCUUCAUCAAACACCGCCCAAUUGCCCCCUCCCCCGCCACCACCACUGGCCGUAACAGGGCCUGGUGCGUCGCUCAGCUGCUGCACCGGCGAGGGGAAGCCCUGCCAGCCACUGUUGGCGUCGAAGCCCGCCGUCGCCCAUUGCGGCGGGGAGGCCGGUGGCGGGCUCGGUGACGACGUCCAGCCCGCGAACGGCUCACCUCCACCAACGGCUUGGCCCAGAUGUUGGUGUCUCUUCUUCUUGGGCUUGUCCUUGUCCUUGCUUGGCUUCUUGCCGCCCCCCAUGGCCACCGCAGAUGGAUCGAUGGGGGCGAACUUGAAGUCAGGGUUGUGGUCCCGCGCCUGCUGGCUCAUCCGCUGCGACUUCUGCAGCACCGCCGGCGGCAGGUACGACUGCAGGGCCGAUGGGGAGAUGGACGCAUACUUGCUGAGGAUGCGGCACAGCUCAGCAGCAGACGGGCGGUCGCGGGGGUCGGCCGCCAGCAUCCAGUGGACCAGGUCCAGCAGCUUGGGGCCGACGCGGAGCUUGCCCCCUCCCUGACCCCCACCCCCACCCCCACCGCCCCCGCCGGUGGACACCCGGAUCGUGUCGAGUGGCAUGGAGUAGUUGGCGUUGGCUAUGGCGAGUGGGGACUGGUCCUGGAAAGGGUGUCUGUAGAAGACAAGGGUGUAGAGGAUGCAUCCGAGCAUCCAGAUGUCGACCUUGUCGCUCAGCUCGUAGCCCUUGUAGAAGUCCACCAUCUCAGGCGGCCGGUACAUCAUGGUCGUGUACUUCUCAAUCUCCUCCUGCAGCUUCAGCAGACGCUCACGGGCACACGUCUUGGGCUGGAUCUGCUCCGUAGAGCAGCUGCCGAAGUCGCACAGCUUGUAGUGCCCGCCAGCCCCCAAAAUGUUCUCGAUUUUGAGGUCGCGGUGCACUAUCGGCGGUCUCUGGCCGUGCAGGUGCGCCACCCCUUUGCAGACGUCGUGGAAUAUGCCCACGAUGACGUCCUCGGCGAGCUGCCCGUCAUGGGCGUCCAGGAGACUGAGGAGGUGCCCGUCGCGGCAGAAUUCCAUGAGGAUGCAGACCUCUCUGCUCUGCCCGCCCCCUCCACUCUCGCCCGCCAGUAUGGUUGACCCGAGGUAGCGCACCACGUUGGGGUGGCUGGGGAUGCGCUCGAGCAUCUCGAUCUCCCGCUUGGCCAACGUGUACCGCUCCUUGUCCUGGCACAGGAUUUUCUUGAGGGCGUACUCCUCCCCACUGCCCGUGUCGCGAACCACAAAGACGAAUGCGAAUCCGCCCUCGCUGAGCUUCCGCUCCUCCCACACGACGCGCUCGCCGAUCUGGUAGGUCCGCCCCGAGCCGAGCUUGCCGCGGACGUUGGCACGCAGGUUCUGGGCCGCCUGCACCAGAUUGCUGCUGAGAUUCUUCAGGCCUUGCAUCGCCGGCAGACAGAGACGGACGGUAGGUGGUAUGAAGGUGGUCCGUUCACUCACUCACUUCACUCACCUCCCUGCAGCAGAGUCGAACAAACAUUUGGAUAGGUGAAGAUGCCCCUGGGUGCUGUGCUCGUGGAGUGAGUGCCAUUUCUCUUUCUUACCAGAGCAGUGAACCCGCAGUCAACACACCAGUCGGUCGCCACAGAAUGCUUCAAUCUCGACGUCAGUCGGGAAAUCUUCGUAACACCAUGGACAGGACACUACAGAGCGCCACAAUCGUUCGUCUUUCGCCUGAACAUUCCCUCCC